GCGUGCGCGGCGAGCGGUUUCCUGCAUCUUGCUCGUCUUCUCGUAGUCGUAGUCCUACAGCUCAGCCUCCGUAGUCCCCGCUUUUCACUGCCACGCAGACACUCUCUCCGGCCCGCAGUUUUACCGUAAUUGAAGAAAAAUGAUGGAAGAGAGUGGAAUAGAGACAACACCACCUGGGACUCCUCCACCAAGUUCAGCAGGACUGGCUGUCGCUGCCACAGCGGCACAGCCGUCUUCCCCCCCAGCCCCUUUAGCUGCGGCCAGCUCUUUCUCUUCUCCAAGCGUGUCCUCUGUGCAGCCCCCGCCGCCACACGCUUUCUCCACCCCUCAGCAGUCCCUGCCUCCUGUGAGGCCUUCGCCACCCUUGCCCUUUGUGCCUCCUUCACCGGUUCCUUCUGGUCCUCCACUCAUUACCUCUUUACCACCUCAUGUUUCUCCACCAACUGCUGCUGCCUUCAGUAACCCUCCUUUACCCCACUUCCCACCUUCCACUUCUGCCCCAAACACUCUCUUAUCUGCCCCUGCUUCGGGUCCUCCUACAUCAGGAUUCUCUGUCGGCUCAGCCUAUGACAUUACACGAGGACAUGCAGGAAGAGCUCCCCAGACACCCCUGAUGCCGUCUUUUUCUGCACCUCCGGUGACAGGUAUUUUGCCAACUCCCAUUACUCAGCAAGCUGGUUUGACGUCUCUGGCACAGGGAACUGGAACCGCAUCAGCCAUAACUUUUCCAGAGCAGCAAGAAGAUCCUAGAAUUGGCAGAGGGCAGGAUGAAGCAUCUGCUGGUGGACUCUGGGGUUUUAUUAAGGGUGUGGCUGGGAACCCUAUGGUGAAAUCUGUGCUUGAUAAAACAAAACAUUCAGUAGAAAGUAUGAUUACAACGCUGGACCCUGGCAUGGCUCCAUAUAUCAAAUCUGGAGGUGAACUGGACAUUGUAGUGACCUCAAAUAAAGAAGUAAAAGUUGCCGCUGUCCGAGAUGCCUUCCAGGAGGUCUUCGGCUUAGCUGUGGUGAUAGGGGAAGCUGGGCAGUCCAGCAUUGCCCCACAACCAGUGGGCUAUGCAGCUGGAUUAAAAGGUGCCCAGGAACGGAUAGAUAGCUUGCGUCGAACUGGAGUGAUCCAUGAAAAACAGACUGCUGUGUCAGUAGAAAACUUCAUUGCAGAAUUGCUUCCUGACAAAUGGUUUGACAUUGGCUGUCUGAUAGUUGAAGACCCUGUGCAUGGUAUUCAUCUAGAAGCAUUUACACAAGCCACACCAGUACCCUUGGAAUUUGUACAACAGGCUCAAAGUCUAACUCCCCAGGACUACAGUCUGAGGUGGUCGGGCCUUUUGGUGACAGUGGGCGAAGUCCUGGAGAAGAGCUUACUCAAUGUCAGCCGGACUGAUUGGCACAUGACUUUCACUGGCAUGUCUCGUCGGCAGAUGAUCUACAGUGCAGCCAAAGCAGUAGCAGGCAUGUAUAAACAGCGCCUGUCCCCCGGGACCAUGUGAGAAGGCUGGCCUGGGAUACUGACACUUGCUAACUUUGAGCUGCUGGUGGAGAAGAGACAGUCCCUUCUUAAACUGGACAACUUCAGUCAGUCCAGCUGUUUUGAUCAUUUUCCUGUAGGCUGCAGGUUUUUUCUUAGAAAGGCAUGGUGUCAUUCCAGUAGAUGAAAAGAAACAGAUCCUUUUUCUGAUUAUAUAAUUGCACGUACCAUAGUUCUCAAAAAAUAUAUAAAUAUUUUUAUAGGACAGUUUGAUACACCAGAUUUAUAAGGUGCAAAUUCAUGUGCUAAGAUAUUUAACUUAAUGAUAUGUACUUGAUUAUUUUGUUUUUUAAGAAAUAGUUGACUAAAGAACAUGUUUACCGAACACUGUUUAAAAGCAUUGUUUCUUUUAAUUCAUGAUUAAUCUCUUCCCUGUCCGUCUUGGAAGCUUUUCGUGUGUCCAUGUGAUCACAGGUCUGAUGCUAAGCCAUGUGCUCAACAAGAGACUCUAGCACACCUACUUGUAGGGAGAUGGUGCACUUGUCUAUGCAUAUUUUUAACACAGGCCAGAAUAACAGAAUCGAUCAUUUUCUUUUUGGUUAUCAUGUUAUACAAAUAGCCUGAAAAAUUCUUUUUUUUUUUUUUAAUGUUUCAGCAUUUCACAUUCAUACUGUACGAUGAACACUGGGAUAAUGCAUUUUAUUUUUUUCAUUGCUCUAUGACAACUAAGGGGCAAAUGAGUCAAGCAUAUUUAAAUUAGAAGCAUUUGGGUUUUUUUGCAUAAUGGUAUUCAGUGCUUCCAAGUAACUCUGACAACAGCCAUUAUUUCUGCUUUAAUUCAUUUCUCCAACUGUAAUAGAGAAAUUUUUGAGAGGAAAUUACUUUGUUGUUUAUGGGAUCAUAUGACUUACUUUAAGGUUACUUAUUUAGUUUGCCUUAAACACAGCUUUUCUAACUUCGUGCCAUUCUGCCUUUACUUUUUAUGGAAGUUUUCCAAGAAACUAUUUUAUAGUGAACUUGGUUUAUUUAGUCCAUUAUGUUUGUAUUUAAUGAAAGCUUCUUUUUCCCCCAGAUAAUAUAUUUUACCAUUUUGGGAUUUAUACAAAUCAAAAAUAGUUCAUCAUAUACUUUUGAACUCUAUAUAUGAAAGUUCAAAUAACUUUUUGAAGAUAGUUUCUUAUAUAAACAUAAUUUAAUUUUUAUUUACUCUUCUAUAUAAUUCUUUAGAUGUAAAAGAAUCAGCACAAUCUUAUAAAAUCUUUUAAGGUAUUGAAGCUGUUAUCCUGUGCUGUCAUUUCAUGUAAUGUUUGCUUUGUAUUAAUAUUUCAAGUACUUGUUUGAUUUCUAUUUUUUUUACCUGAGGAUGAGAAGAUUAAGUACUAAUUUUCCAUCUGUGUUAUGUGUUAAUUUCUAUGCACUGUAUAGUUGUCAUUCAGUCUUCUGUGUCAUUAAAAGUAAUGAGAGAAAGAAGAGAGAUGUAGGCAUCAGUGCAUGACUGACUCCACAGUCAACUUUCCCAGCCUCUUGUUUACUUUUUCAUUCUUGGAUUUCCCUCUUGUACAAGGGGCAAGAAAAGUAACUCAUUACCUCUCACACACCAGGGCAGCGUGAGCCAGGAGGUCUUUUACUGUUGGUAUUUUGGCAUGAGAUAUGCUGGUCAUCAACCUAAGGCCACGGCUCCCUUCACCAGUCAUCCAGCUGCCCUGUCCUUUUCUUGCUUGUUUCCUUAUAAUUCUUGCACUAGCAUUUUUUGGGAGAGUUGAGCUGGGGAGUUUUACCCUCAAGCAUCUUGGGACAACCUAUCUUUAACACAGUUCUUUGCCACUACUAUUUUGGUCAUGUUUGUGUUUUCUUUUCUUUUGAAGUGCUCCCAGAACUACUUACUGAAUUUGAUAAGUUGUAUACUUUUUUUUUUUUUUUUUUGGCGGUACGCGGGCCCCUCACCUCUGUGGCCUCUCCCGUUGCGGAGCACAGGCUCCGGAUGCGCAAGCCUCAGCCGCCAUAGCUCACGAGCCCAGCCGCUCCGCGGCACGUGGGAUCCUCCCAUACCGGGGCACGAACCCGUGUCCCCUGCAUUGGCAGGCGGACGCUCAACCACUGCACCACCAGGGAAGCUCAGUUUGUAUACUUUUUAAUUAAGUGUUGUGAAAGAGAACAGGAAGAAAUGCAGGAAGAGUAAUUUUACAUCGGCCUCAAUUGACAGAAGAUACUCAGAUUACUCAGAUCAAUAUCGUCUUGUUAUUAAGUUUAUCAGGUAACCCUGGACUUAAAGCUGCGCCCCAGACUUCUGGGUGGAAAAGUUUGAGCUAAUACCUGUAGUUUUCUCCUCUGAAUCUCUUAUUAUUACUUCCCCAUUCUUUGUUCUUUCUCUCAAGGAUUAAUGAGGUAGAAAAUUGAGAUGAAUGGAUAUAGACAAAAUGGUAGUAUGAUAAAUAUAAGUAGAUAAGAGUACAGAUGAAAGUGUAUUAUAUACAUUAAUUCAAGUUAUGCAAAUUAGUAAUAUACUCAGGGUCAGCUAAAUUAAGAUGUUGUUGAAUUUAUUUUGUUCCUUGGCUAGAAAAAAUUCUAAACAGGAAUUUGUGUUCUGUGAAGCCAAAUUGGUAAUAUUCUGUGUUCUAAAAGAUGUUAGGUUAUACAUAAAUUAAGAAACUUAGAUUUUUACUCCCAGAAUAUGGUAUUGUUUUUUAAGAUACUAUGCAGGAUGAUGUAUUGGAUAAAGCCAAUUUUGUACGUAUGUACAUAUGUCAUAAAUAAAAAAUACCUCAACUUA